AUGGCCAACGGACAGGAACGAGAGCUGGACAAGGUCAACGCCUUUUACCUGCAAAAAGAGGCAGAGCUCAAAAUUCGACUCAAAACCCUUCUCGACAAGAAAAAAGUCAUCCAAUCCCGCCAAGGCAUUUCAAGACGUUCGUCCAAGUUCACAACCUUGGAAGAGGGUUUCCAACAAUUCGCCACCGACCUGAGCAAACUGCAGCAGUUUGUCGAAAUCAACGGCACCGCCUUCUCCAAAAUCCUCAAGAAAUGGGACAAGACGUCAAAAUCGAAAACGAAGGAGUUGUACUUGUCAAGAGCUGUCGAGGUACAGCCAUUCUUCAAUGCCACCGUAAUAAGCGAGCUGUCGGAUCAAGCCACGACAAGUUUACAAGAGCUUGGCGCCUGGUCAGAUGGCAUCCAAGUCAACUUUCAGACCUCUGGCCAUGUCGUCACAAGCCAGCAUUUUAUGGGCACUGACGAGGGCGACGCCGACACCCUCCUUCUCGAGACUGUCAUUACUGGCAAUGUGGACAACCUAAAGGAGCUCCUGACCAAGAUGCAGUCAGCAUCCAGCGCCGAGGAGGGCCAUAACCUGCUGGUGGACAGGGUAACUCGCACAUUCCUUGGUGCUGUUCAUGAGGCUCCUCGUGAUUCGCUUCAAACGCUGCUGGAUACUGGUCUUGUCGACCUACAUUCAUAUGACGACAUCAACGAGCGGAAUUGCCUGCAUCAAGCCACAAUUUACGGCAAGGAAUACGUGCUUGAAUGGGGGUUGAAGGCCGGUGUCCCCGUUGACCGAACCGAUGUAUACGGCCGUGUUCCCGCGCACUAUGCUAGUUUGCACGGUCGGCUCCGCAUGUUGGAAGCUCUUCUCGAUGCGAACAUCAAAACAAUUGACCUCAUUGACCACGACAACUUUACCCCCCUCAUACACGCCAUUAUUCACGGACACCUCGAGUGCGUCAAGCUUUUACUCGCCAAGUCUGCUCGCAUCGACCCCGUUUCUGACGCUGACCACGUGCCGCUGAACCUGGCCUGUGAGCACGGCUCCGGACCUGUCGUUGAGUUGCUACUCCAGCACGGGGCGAAUAUUCUCCCCGACGCAGAAGGACUCUACCCUCAACAUCUGGUUGCUCGCUCAGGCCAAUCGCCUGACCUCUUGUUGCUACUCAAGCAAUUUGGGGCGGACCUGGAUCAGAUUGACAAGCUCUACGGAUGGACUCCUCUGGUGCAUGCUGCCAGCGAAGGUAGCGUGGAAUGUCUUCAAGCACUCCUCAAGAUUGGCGCAGAUGCCAGCAUUGUGGAUGAGAAGGAUCUCCCCGCUAUGUACUACGCGGCUUGGGAGGGCCAUUUGGCUUGCAUGAAGCUCCUCACCCCGUUCAACAACCGGCCUCGGGCCAGCCCCUUGGUCGCACAGCCGUCACUGGGACCCAUGGGCAGUAGCAGUGCUCCUCAACCAAUGGCUCUGGAUCCUGAUGCCAUUCCUAUUCUGGAACUGCCGCCACCGAUCAUUCCACUGCGACGAUACGGACAUAACUUCCUUGAUACCAAGACUGUGGUUCAAAUCAGUUUCGAGGAUGCUAGUGAACAGCCUCUCGUCUUCUUCCAAGAUGGAAAGUACCCGGCUGCUCGACUUACUAUUUCGUCCAAAAACUCCGAACUCAUCCCCAAGAACAUUAUCCUGCCCAUCCAAGAAGAUACCCGCAUAGUUUCUUUCCAAGUGGACAACCUCGAUACCUUCUCUCUCGAUUUUGACGUGUUUCCUACGUACGGGGCCAAAAUCAUCGCCAAGACUGUUGCGUUGUCGAGCACGUUCAAGAACCCCCAGGGAAGCACGGCUUGCUGUCUGCCGCUGUUUGACCCCCGUCUUCGGGCGAUCGGCCAAAUUAGCUUCAACACGCAGGUCAUCAAGCCGUUCAAAGGCCAGCCUCUGGAAAUCACUGACUUUGAAACCUACUGGAAGGCCACUAGCCAGUUCAACCAGCCCACCAAUGCUGUUGUAACCGGGUCAAGUCUCUCUGGCGAUUAUGUUCGACUAUUUGUGCAAUAUACGAGCGAUGGAAUUCCUGUGAUUUGGCCGCAGUGGACUAUCGACUGUGGUUGUCUUGACAUUCCCGUCUGUCGCCUGACUCUUGCCCAAUUCAAGACCACAACAGCGCGGAGUGCUAGCCGAUCUGAUCUUUCUAGCUUGCCCGACAAGAAGGUUGAGAACAUUGCCGAGAUUUACCACGUGCUGGCAACGGCUGGUGUCACACUCAAGGAGGCGCUCGUCAUCCUGCCACAGAGUGUACACGCCAACCUUCAGAUUCUCUACCCGACGGCUGAGGAGGAAAGAGCCCUUGCUCUGGGUCCUGUCCUGGAAGUCAACGAGUACGUGGACGCCAUUCUGACUGUGGUGUUUGACCACGCAAGAGCCCAGCGUGCGCAGUCGCACUCGUCGCAGGUCGUGCGCUCCAUUGUCUUCAGCAGCUACAAUGCAAGCCUCUGCACGACCUUGAACUGGAAGCAGCCCAACUUUCCUGUUUUCCUGUGCAAUGACCUCGGCCGAGAAGAGGUCGGGUCGCUGUCACCAGCGGCGAAUGUGCAGGGACGACGCAGCACAUCGGUCAAGGAAGCGGUCAGAAUUGCCCAGAGUAACAACUUUAUGGGUCUAAUAUGCUACUCGCGCCUUUUGGACUCGGUACCCGCGCUCGUGGAUGCUGUCAAGUCGCAUGGUCUUGCGCUUGUCAUGGACAAAUCGACUGACUCGCCCGACACGAGCCCACUGACGGAUCCUUUCCCACGACCACCCAAGGGUGUAGAUGGCGUCUUGAAAAACCACGGCUUGUUACGGUUUACAGAUUCGAUCGACAUGUAA